AUGAGUAAAGACAGCGAAGGGUUAUUUAAGAAUUUUCACGAAAGCAUAAACAACGCGCUCGACGACGUCGCGAGAAAUAAUUUCGCAAAUUUAGAAUCGAAUGAGAAAAGCAUAUCGUAUUUAUGUAGCAUGCCGUGUGUGAAAAAUUAUGAUCUAUCAAAAGAGGUCCAAAAAUUCAAAAAUGGCGGUGAGUUUCCAGUAAAAAAAGACCUGGAAAAAGCGCUUCAGUUGAAAGAUGAAGGAAACAAGGCUGUACAGAAAGGGGAUUGGGGUCGAUCUCUACAAUACUACAAUGAAAGUAUUAUAUUCAUGCCGGAGAAGAAAAGCGAAGAGUUGUCAAUCGUUUUAGCUAACCGUUCAGCCGCCUUAAACCAUUUGACACUAUACGAAGACACACUGAGAGAUAUACAACGUUGCUUGGCUCUGGGUUAUCCUCGACACUUACGAUAUAAAGUUUAUGAGAGGAAAGCUCGUUGUUUACUAGUUCUUAAAAGAAAUCAAGAAGCUGUAACUGCGUUUCAGAAUACAAUCACCGCAUUAGAUGAAGCAAAAAAUCUUGAUAAGGAAAAACGGCAGAAACUGAGAACGGACGCUAAGCUUAUGUUGGAAGUUUUAAAUAAAGGCUUGGUUUUAGCCGGUAAUCCAAAAGAUCCAGAACCAUUGAAAAACACACCCCCAAAACCUAAACUUUCUGGAAAACAAAAUAAGCUAUACCCAGCAGCUUCAGAAGCUGUGGAAAUUGCUUUCGAUGAAACUAAAGGCCGAUUUGCAAAAGCUAAUCGAGAUAUACAAGCUGGUGAAGUCUUACUGAUUGAGAAACCACAUGGUGGUGUGCUAUUAUCAGAAUUUUCUAAAAGUCACUGUCAAAAUUGUUUUAAUAAAUGUCCCAUUCCCUUGCCAUGUCCAAAUUGCCCAAACGUAAUUUUUUGCGGUGAAAAAUGUUUAGACACUGCAUUAAAAUCGUAUCACGGAUACGAAUGCCAUAUUCUUCCACUUCUAUGGAAGUCUGGCUGUUCUGUAACCUGCCACAUUGCUUUGAGGAUGAUAACACAAAAUAGUAAAGAUUACUUUAUGAAUAUUAUAAAAGAUUUGAAAAAUAAACCAACUGGACCGUACCAAACUGAGGACUACCGAAACAUUUAUCACUUGGUGUCACACGAAAACAAGAGGACUAAACAAGACAUCUUGCAUAGAACUGAAAUGACGAUAUUCCUUCUUAAGCUUUUAGAGAUUAGUGGUUACUUUAAUGGUUCUCCACGAAAAAAUUCGAUAAAAAUUGAUGAAUUAAAAACCAUGGCUUUUGAUGAAAAACACCUACAUGAUGUAGCGUCGUUUGGAAGUCUGAUACUGAAAAACCUUCAAGUUCUUCAGUUUAAUGCUCAUGAAGUUUUCGAAUUACAAUGUCUUAAACCAAAAGCUGGUACAGCAUUCCUUAAGCAUGAAGGUAAAUCAGUGUUUGUCGGCGGUGCUGUAUAUCCGACACUGGCUUUGUUUAAUCAUUCUUGCGAACCUGGUAUAGUAAGAUACUUCUGCGGUUCGCGAAUAGUGGUCCGUGCCGUGAAAAAUAUAAAAAAAGGUGAAGAGGUUGCAGAAAACUAUGGACCUAUAUUUACAACGGUUCCUAAGGAUAAACGACAGUCGCAACUAAAAGAGCAGUACUGGUUCGAUUGCAAAUGUCUGCCUUGUGAACAGAAUUGGCCAAAAUAUGAAGACAUGACAGAAAAUUACUUGCGAUUCAAAUGCGAUUCAGACCAGCCAUGUUCUAAUGUUAUACCAGUACCAUAUGACUGCAUGGAAUUUAUGGUACAGUGUGGUCUUUGCCAACAGUAUACAAAUAUUUUGAAAGGGUUAAAAUCAUUACAGGUUUUUGUUAAUUAG